AUGGAUGACCCAAGACCUGAACGAUUGGCUGGAACAAGUCUGUUUGAUACUAAUUCUACAAAUUCCAAGGAAUUUAUUCAAAAUCAAAUUGUAAAAUGUAUUGAUCUUGCAAAGGGUGGAGUGCAUGGAGUUCUUUACGUGGUGUCUGUUAAGAAUCGCUUUACUGCGGAAGAAGCUGCUGUUCUGGAUAGCUUGCAAUUGUUAUUUGGGCCUGACAUCAUCAACUACAUGGUGGUCGUCUUUACUGGUGGUGAUGAAUUGGAAAACGAUGGUGUUGCAGGUUCGGACGCCACUCGUACCGCACAGCGCCGUCGCCGGCACCUCCCCCACUCCCCGACCACAGCUUCCUCCAGCGGCCCCCUCAGUGUCGCCCAGCUACCUGCCGGACUUCGUCACCUAUGCCGCCGCCUCGCCGGCUCCUCCACCCAGCGCCGACAACCACAACCUCCACCGCCGGCAGUCAACGAGACCGGAGGAUCGCGCCCACCACAUGGCAGGCGGCCACUGGCCCGUGGUACAAAACCUACCACGCAACAUUCCGUACACUGCACAGCUAGAUUCCGUACAUUGCCAAAUCAGCCUGCCCGGUCAGCAAAUCCGUACAGUACAGACACACAGUCAUCUGCCACGUCACCUGUCCGUACAGUACGGACACCCAGUCAGCGGAGGGCAAAGUUUUGUGACGGUGUUGCAGGUUCGGACGCCGCUCAUACCGCACAGCGCCGUCGCCGGCGCCUCCCCCGCUCCUCGGCCACAGCUUCCUCUAGCGGCCCCCACAGUGCCACCCCGCUACCUGCCGGACUUCGUCGCCUACGCCGCCGCCUAGCCGGCUCCUCCACCCAGCGCCGGCAACCACUGCCUCCACCGCCGGCAGUCAACGAGACCGGAGGACCGUGCCCGCCACGUGGCAGGCGGCCACUGGCCCGCAGUACAAAACCUUCCAUGCAGCAUUCCGUACACUGCACAGUUAGAUUCCGUACAUUGCCAAAUCAGCCUGCCCGGUCAGCAAAUCCGUACAGUACGAACACACAGUCAUCUGCCACGUCACCUGUCCGUACAGUACGGACGCCCAGUCAGUGGAGGGCAAAGUUUUGCGACGGUCUUACGGUCGUCAAAUUUCAUCGGUACCGUGGGGCCCUUGCCUUGUUGCAGGCCCUGCGGGCAUUGGUACGGCGCCGUUGUCGACCUUCCAAGCCCGACCCCACCAUCACCGGUUUCUUUUCGGCUCCCGCUAGUAGUUACCUCCGGCCCCCAGUGACCCUGCAGUCUUCGGACCCCUACCGCCUCCGGUCCCCUACGCUGCCGCUUCCUGGCAACCCUUCCUCCUCGCAGCGCUUCUCCGCUCUGCCGCCAUACGGUCACCUCACCUCUGCUAGCCAGCCCUAG